AUGCGCCAAGAACUCAAAUACAUGAUCUACUCGCAUCUGGUCGUCGUCGUCGUGCUGCUGUAUCUCACGUUCGACCUGCUCACGCUGGCCAUCGACGACGCCUUCCAAGACGCCCUCCUCGACAUAGACCUCAACCCUCCAGAGGGCGUAGAAGCCAAGCCCCAACUCAUCCCCAAAAUCAUCCACCAAACCUACAAGACCGCCGACGUGCCCGAACACUGGCGCGAGGGCCAGCAGCGCUGCAUCGACCUGCAUCCGGACUACGACUACAAGCUCUGGACCGACGAAACCGCCCGCCAGUUUAUCAAGGAAGAGUACGGCUGGUUCUUAGAAACUUUCGACAACUACCGCUACCCCAUCGAGCGUGCCGACGCCCUGCGCUAUUUCCUGCUUGCCCAUUUCGGCGGCGUGUACAUCGACCUCGACGACGGCUGCAGACGUAAGCUUGACCCUUUGUUGACCGUCCCCGCGUUUGCACGGAAAACCAGUCCUACCGGUAUCUCCAACGACGUGAUGGGCUCCGUUCCUAACCAUCCCUUCUUCCUCAAAGUGAUUGCGUCUUUGAAAAAAUACGAUCGUAAUUGGCUCGUCCCAUACAUCACUAUUAUGUUUUCUACAGGACCGCUUUUUGUAAGCGUUAUUUGGAAACAAUACAAAAGAUGGGGUGUACCAGAAAAUGGUGUUGUGCGUAUCUUACAGCCUGCGGACUACAAAAAACACACAUAUUCGUUUUUUUCCAUUUCACAAGGUUCGUCCUGGCAUCUCGAUGAUGCCAAUUUUAUUAAAUCCUUAGCGCAUCACAUUCUGGCCUGUGUGAUUCUAGGUUUCAUCGUGGCUUUCUUGGUACUUUACGCCGAAUACUGUUUUUACUGCUGGCUUGGAUCCGGCGGUGGAGCCCGUCGUAUUGUCAAGACCAUGAAACGUGGCUUGGUCUGGUUGGGUAUCUUAUCUGGAAACCAAAAAACCCAGGCAGACUCAAUAGAAAUGAGAUCCAAAUACAGACGUUUGCGUAAGGAUUCCAAUCUCCCAGUGCAACUUUUUUCCCCAGAUCUCGAGGAAAACAACAGUUCUGAUCAGUAUGCUGAUUUGAGCGAUGAUUGA